AUGAUUGAGUCAGUUGGUACGAAAUUCUUCAAAUCGAUCACUGAAACGGCGGACGAGCUCGGCGGAAGAUUCGAAAUCGCCUUCACCAAUUUCUCCGAUAAAAUCACAGAUGACGCAGAUGCGCUGGUUGUGGAAUUCAUCUCGCUCUCGAAUCUCAUCAAAGUUGUUCUGCUCAUCCUCAUCGUGCUGCUUCUACUCAUAAUUUUCAAAUAUCUGGCACUUGGGACUCUUUAUUUGAGGACUCGCUGGCUCAAACGAAAUGUGCAGCCAUCGAAGACGCAGUUCUUCAUCCUAGCGGUGCCGAUAAAAAUGGACAGACCGAAGAAGGAAAUCGGGACGUUCAAAAAGCGAUACGACAAUGUGGAAGCAGCAUUCCAGCUGCAUACGGCACAGGAUGGACAGUUCUUGCUGAAACCGCUCGAUAAGGCACAAACGUUCGAAACCACCGAAUUUGCCAGCAGCAGGGGGGAUUAA